UAUAGUGAUCACCUACACAGUUUCCACCUAAUUGUUCUUUCUGUUUUCUUCAUAUUAUUAUUUUUAUAUAACUUAUUAGCUGGUGAUUCUAAUCGAUCAUGUCACUGAAGCGGCAAAAGCCGGAUGAUGCUAGUAGUAUUUCUUCACUACCCGAAGAACACAAACAUGAACAUAACUCGUGUUUUGAAGUGGAUGGACGUCAUAAACGUCCAUCUUUUCGAAAUGCGGUUCUGGAGGUGAUGAAGUGUUGUACCAUCAACAAAUACGUGGAGCCGGUUUUGGAGCCCUUGAUCCGGAGAGUUGUGAGAGAGGAAGUCGAAGUGGCAAUACAAAAACACAUCACUAACAUGAAGUGGGUUUAUGACAACCAGAUAGAAUCCUGUCUCCCGAGGAGUUUACAGUUACAGUUCCUGUCUGCUUUAUCUCUUCCAGUUUUUACCGGAACCAAUAUUGAAGGAGAAGACUGCAAUAUGUUAAAAGUGGCAUUAGUUGAUGCUCAUACCGGGAAAACAGUUUCUAGUGGCAUCGAGUCAGCAGCAAAGGUGGAAAUAGUAGUUCUUGAAGGAGACUUUGAUGAUAAUGUAAAUGAUAAUUGGACAGUUGAAGAGUUCAACGCUAAUAUAGUUAAGGAGAGGCGAGGGAAAAAACCCCUUCUACAUGGAAAUGCAUUUUUGAAUCUCAACGAAGGCAUAGGUGUAGUUGGUAAUCUUUCUUUUACGGAUAAUUCAAGUUGGACGAGGAGUCGUAAGUUCAGGCUAGGAGCACGGGUUCUGGAUAUAUGUGAUGGAAAUAGAGUAAGAGAAGCAAAGUCAGAGUCAUUUACUGUCAGGGAUCAUCGUGGGGAGCUAUACAAGAAACACCACCCGCCGUAUCUAUCUGAUGAAGUAUGGAGACUGGAAAAAAUCAGCAAAGAUGGGGCUUUUCACAGACGGCUGAACAAGGAGAAAAUCAGAACCGUCAAAGAUUUCUUGGUUCUUUUCUUCCUGGACCCAACAAGCCUUAGACAUAUCCUCGGCCCAGGUAUGUCCACUAAAAUGUGGGAAGUUGUUGCGGAGCAUGCUACAAGAUGUGUAUUAGAUGAUUACAAGCUAUAUAUGUAUUGUCCCCGAUCACAGAAACGGGAUGGUGUCGUGUUUAAUGCUGUGGGACAGGUUCUUGGACUUCUUUUAGAUGGAAAAUAUAUUGUUUCCGACAAGCUCUCUGAAACCAACAAGGCUGAAGCCCAUAAAUUGGUGAUAUCCGCAUUUCAAAACUCGGACAAAGUUCUUUCCUUUGAUGAUGAAGCUUCUCUUAGAACUAAUACAUGCUCUUUUACUGAAUAUCUUUCUCAUUUAGACACCCAAGUUAUGACAGGAAAUCACGAAGGAAAUAAUUCCAUUCCAAAAGGCCGAUUUGAUUAUCCACACUUGAACCCUGCAUCACCAGAUAUUAGCAUGGGUGAUUAUGGGUUGAAUCAAAUGAGUUCCAUAGAUGAUGUUAGAUUUGAUCAGCCUAUGGACUUCCAAUGCCAGGUGGAUAGCACCUUGAUUUGUGACCCACGAUCAUCGAUGCACUUGCAAUAUAUCGGGGCUCCACCUGGUAAUUUGCAGUGUGCAGCAGACCUGUUUUUGUUUCCUUGUUCGGCAAUGGCCAAAGCUCAUAGGAGAUGGAAGUUUGUGUUGAGUGUCGUAAAGUGGUUUUCCCUAAUGUUAGAGAUACGAAAGGGUGAUGUAAUAUCAAUUGCUCAAAUAUACAGAAGGGAUGGAUUUGGCACAAGUGAACCAAGGUUGAUAUACUCGGGUCCAUGAUUUGGUAUAGGUGCAUAGGCUAAUGGUGCUGGAUUGCUCACUGAACAGGUUGGAUUAGCCCGGGUCAAACUGUUGUCACCAAAAACACACACAAAAAAAGAAGCGAUAUCGCUCUUGAUCUGCUUUGGAUGUUGGUCAUGACACCGGUCAGAAAGAUAAUACGAGUACAAGAUUGUGCAUAUUCAACGUAUCAAAGAUUUUUUAUUUUAUUUUUAUAGUUUCGGUUUAUUUUUGUAUGUAGCUAAUUAGCUAUAAGUAUUUCACAAAUUCAAAAAAGCAUCAUUGGGUGAUUUGUAAUAGAGGAGCAGUGUGAUUGUUUGACUUGUUGGUCUGUUUUCUGAUUAAAUUUUUGUAACACGUCAUUUGCGUUAUUUCGCACAUUUGUCGUC